AAACUGAUUUCGCUGCCGACAGGCUGGUCCAUGCCGUGUUGAGUUUCGCCUCUUAAACCAUCGUCCCUGGAGAGCGUUGAACCGGGUCGGAGUUGAAGGAAACUGCAUCUCAACACAUCCAAGAAUCCGUGAGUGCAACAUGAACAAUCAGCAGAUGAACUCUGGGAUGCAGCCUGGAUAUCCCAUGGGAGGCAUGAAUCCCCACCAGCUGCAUCCCAACUACGCAAACAUGCACGGGGCUCCUGCAGAUCCUCGAAAUGCUCCGCAGUAUCCCCUAAGACAGCAGCAGUACCCCAUGGAGUCACACUCCCCGGGCGCAGCUCCCAACGAUUUUCAACAAGGGGACUACGGGAUGGACAGGGGGUCGGGAGGAGGACUCUUCGAUUUCUUGCCUGGAGUGGCAAGCCUCGUCGAGGAUCUCGACAAGAGGGUCCUAGUCACCCUUCGUGAUGGACGCCAUUUUGUCGGCUUCAUGAGAUCGUUCGACCAGUACGGCAAUGUCGUGCUUGAGGAUGCGUUUGAACGCCACGUCGUGGGGAAUUCUUUUGCAGAUGAAAGGAUGGGAUUGUACGUCAUUCGUGGAGAAAAUCUUGUUCUGUUAGCAGAACUUGACAUGCAUAAGGAGCAGAACCAACCCAAAUUGAGGGAAGUUCCCCUCCAAACCAUCAUGGCACAGAAGGCUGCUCUCAAACAUGAGAAGGCUGAAGAUGAGCUGUUGAGAAAGAAGCUCUCUGCCCAGGCCUUGGGUCUUGGUUUCGAAGAUUGCCUGUGAGCAACAAGCACCUUGCUGCUCGCCUGACUCGACAGUGUGCUGAAGCGACGUCGGACUCGUUGACCUUGACUAGUGUGAUUGGUAUGGGAUAACGAGAGAACAGUGCGAAUGCGAUUGUGGAACAUCUUGCUCGCAUUCAAGAAAGAAAACUAUUAG